AAAACCUUUUCGGAUGACAUAACGUCAAAUCAGGGAUAAAUUAAUUUUGUCAAAACGUUCGUAAACUUAAUACAAUAUACACUUUUUAAAGCUUUAAUUUUAUUAUAAACACUUACAUAAAGAUGAUGGGAAGUUUUUCAUCACCUGUGCCUUUGUCGGACAUCGAGUCCGUCCUCGCCUGGGUUGACACCUACAAACUGUCGAGACAAACGAAGAAAAUUUCAAGGGAUUUCUCUGAUGCUGUGCUUCUCGCGGAAAUUUUGGGUGUACAUUAUCCAAAGCUGGUUGAAAUGCACAACUACCCACCACGGAACAGUCAGGCUCUCAAACUGAACAACUGGAUGACUUUAAACAGAAAAGUCUUGAAGAAAUUAAAAUUAACCCUCUGUACUUCAACAAUGGAGCAACUGGCCAACAAUACACCCGGAGUUAUUGAGAAGGUGCUUCUAAUGGUACGUGAUAAGAUCAGACGUGAUGAAGAGGCGAACAGAAGCAUGAGAGAUUCAGAACAGAAUCUUUCCAGCGGCGGGAGCUACUACGAGGCUUGCGGCGAUGACGAGAACGUACUGGUCGUACCACUGAAGACGAGGGUCAAUGGAUACUUAGAGACUAUACAACAGAAAGUCGUCAGUCACGCGUCCUAUCUUACACAAAAACAGGAACUGAAAGACGCCAAAGAAGUCAUAGAUGUUCUUAAACAAAAGGUUGAACAUCUCGACAGUUUAGUUAAACUGAAGAAUGAAAGAAUAGAAGAUCUACAAAAGCAAUUAGAAAGAAAACAGGCAAGACGCAAAGAAGUCGAAGUAUUGCAGAAUAGUUUACAAGUCCCUUAUGAUUCUAUGCUAUCUCCAGAGGAAAAUGAAGAUAUCUUUCCAGUCAAAGUGUCAUCAACUAAACUGAUAGAUACAAAAAUAUAUAGACUGGAAGAAUCUAAAAUACCUAUAUCAAGAGAUCUAGCCAAAUCAACAUCUAGAAUAUGUACAGUCAGCCUUGAUGAUAAUGUCGAAUCAAAUUUUAGAAUUGAUAAAAUUAAAUUGGACGAUUACAAUGAGAUAGAAAUAAUAGAAAUGACUGGAAAAGAUAUGCAAGAUGUGGAUGAAUUUAAAGAUAGCGUGGGUGAAAUUAUAUUAGGGGCUGAAACUAAAGAUAUGAACGAAUAUAUGUGAUUUCUAAUAUUAAUUUUACAGUGAUUAUAAAAAUAUUAACUACCACAAUUACUAAACUAAGUCGCUUAGUGGCAACUCUGAGUGUAGUUAAUGACAAAUUAUAUAGAUCUUUGUAAGGUUUAAAUUCAUUAGAAAAUUUUUAGUCUAAAAUCGAAAAUGUUAUAAAUAUUUCUAUCUAGUCCCUUUUAAUUUAGUUAAUAGCGUAUUAUAAUAAAUACUUAAAUAGAAUUCCAAAAGCUAUUGAUUCUUUUGAAACUGAUUUUUCUAUAGUUACAUUCUAGUUUUCAAUCUAUCUAGAUCUAAAUUUAAAUAGUAUACUAGAAUUUGACAAAUUUUCAAUUGAAAUCGUCCGUAGAAAUAUUUUGUACCAAUAAAAAAAACAUGUUUUAAAAUAGUUGAUAAAAUUUACAUUUUCAUUAUUUUUAGGAACAUGGAAAAGAAUGAUAAAAAUUGGUUUCCAUUGAAAUAUUUAUCUUACUGUUUCUAAGCGAAUUAAAGAAAUUAUCAUUCAAGUAGUAGGCAGUGAAAAUCAACGGUUUCUCUUUUUUUUCAAUUUUAAAUACAUUUAAUUACCAACUAUAGGAU